AUAGUAAGUUAAGUUGACUACUGGUACACUAAUGGAAAUAAAAAAAAAACAAUUCCUUGUUUAUAAUUUUGAUGGUGAUGUAAUACUUCGAUGUCGUAGAUUGUUGAUGUCAUCAGUGAAAAGAUCGGUAUUAGAAUCUUUCUUCGCAUCGUCACAAUACUAACAAUAUAUAUCUCUUACUCAGACGCGUCAACUUUGUCUUAUCUUCUUUAUCAAUUAAACAAUGCGAGGCAAGCGAAAGUCGAUAGAUACUUCUGAAGCUCAAUUAUUAAAAAAAACAAGAAUAAAUGAUCUCAGGAAGGACUACAAGUUUUUAGCAUGGGUUGAUUCAAGUUUCCAAAAACAACCACCUGACUUGGACUAUUUUUCGUUUGCAGAGCAUUUCGAUAGCACUGAAGAUGCAACAAACGCAAACUACAUGGAUUUGCUGCUUACACUGCAAUCAAAACAAAGUAAUAAAGUUACUAAUGUUGCCCAUUCUGCUGAAACUACCUUUGCUACUCGCCGUUUUCAUUCAACAGAGUUUGGAAAGAAAUAUCAUGAAUACUAGGAAAGCCGAAAAGACAGUACCUUGAGGGAAGAUAUUAACAAUGAAUCUCGUUCUGCUAUUUCUUCUAUUCAGCGACUAGUGCAUCAAAAUCUUAUUGAAAGAGCCAACAAUGCAAGAGAUAACAACAAAUACCUGUUAUUUCUUUAGUAUUAACAAUAUCAUAUGCCUAGGUAUUUAGUACCUCAUCUUCAUCUUCUAACUGUCCUACUUCUGAUGUUACAUCUUCUGAUGCUACAUCUUCUGGCUUAACAACUUCAAACGGUUUGACAAAAACGCUGGCGCAAGCAAUUGAGCUUGCAUCGGACUA